CUACAACCACGUCAUGUUCCACAAAACCAACCGAUUCAAUCUCCACAACAACACUCUCCCCCUCACGCACUCACUCUUCCAAACAACGAAAGAAGAUUUCAUCUCUUCUUAUAGAACAAAAAAACCAUCGUCGUCCUCUUACUCAUCAUGAAGCUAAAGGUGGUCAUCAAGGUCGCACUGGAUGACCAGAAGUGCCGCACAAAAGCCAUUAAGACUGCAGUUGGAGUUAAUGGAGUAACACAAGCAUCACUUCAGCAGGAGAAGAGCCAAAUAGAGGUUACGGGAGACGACAUCGACGUGGUUUUGCUGACCACUCUGCUCCGAAAGAGCUUGAAACACGCAGAAGUGGUGAGCGUGAGUCCCAUUGAGAAGAAGGAAGAAGACAACAAAACUGAAGUUGCUCAGCUCCUUUGGCAUCCUUACGUGACCACAGAAUCUUAUUACCAAAUGCCAGAGCCUGGAUACGUGUCGUACAACCAUGCCUACCACUACCAGCAACCCUCCUCUUGCUCCAUUAUGUAAUCUGGCUGUUUGAUCUAAUCCCUUUUGAAAUUCCGUUUUUUAUGAUUACCAACUUAAUUAUUUAAAUUAAAUAAUUAAUUGUUGAACUGUUACAGAAAUGUUUAAAUAGAUACAAAGACUGUUUGAACAGAAACCAGAUAUGUUUAAACAGUUUGUGACCAGAAGAUAAAAACGAACAUAAAGUAAAGAACACACGAAUUUUUACGUGGUAUCAGCAAUCUUUGCAGAUUGCUACUAGUCCAUGAGGUCACGCCCAGAUAAUGAAAUUUAUUAGAAGAAUAUCUAAAUGAUUACAAAAACAAAUUGACUUAUACAAAUAAAGACUCUCUCUUGAAUUUGUCGCAA